ACAAGCACACUUGUAUGUGUUGCAUCAUAUUCCGGAAGUUCAUCCUUUUUUGAGUGAGCAUUUUGAUAUAUUGCUCGCAAAACAUCCUUCUAAAGGGGAUAGGGCAUUGAUGCAGUUGCAUAACAAGACGUUUAUUAAUUGGUUUCAUAAUCGAGUAAUAUGCGAAGAACUCAAGGGUGUAUCCGAAAUUGUUAAGUGGUUAGCUUUUGGUCCUCGUGAUGAUGUCAACAAAUAUGAGGGUUACGAUGUCAAUGGCUUCACAUUUUGGACUGAGGGUCAAGACAAGAAGUCAUCGUAUCUACAGAAUAGUGGGGUUUCUAUUUUGGCGUCGUCUACAUUUUACGCGAGUGCGAAGGAUCAAGCGCUGGUUGAUGCUAAAUUGGUAUACUACGGGCGGGUACAUGAAAUAUGGGAGCUUGACUACUCUACUUUCAAUAUUGGUCUUUUCAAAUGUAAGUGGGUAGAUAAUAAUCGACGAUGCAUUAAAAAUGACGACCCUUGUGGAUUCACUCUUGUAGACUUAGCUCGUUUGCGUGAUAGUGAGGAGCCAUUCAUACUAACUACACAAGCCAAGCAAGUAUUCUACAUUGUCGACCCGUCUGAUAAAAAAUGGUUUAUUGUUGUACCGGGAAAAAGAAGUAUCCUUGGUAUAUUUGAUGUUGAGGAUGAGGAAGAAUAUGAUGCUUUUGAAGACUCCCCUCCCUUUAUUUAUCCAAAAUCAGUGGAUCAAGAUGAUGUAGAUGAUGUAGAUGUUGGUUAUAUGCGUGUAGAUCACACGGAAGGAAUACAUUUGAAUUAAGUGAUUCACAAGGUACUGAAAUACAAUGC